UUUAAUGUGAUGGAGCAACUGAUAUUUGUUAACAGUUAAGUCUCAUCCCCCAAAUUAUGAGUUGCUUCACAGGUGUUUGCUGUGGACAUCUGAUGGUUAAUUUUUCCCAAGUCAUAGUUUUCAACUUGAGGGGACUUAAAACAGGGAGUAUAAAUAGUUAUUGCAAGGCCCUUUUAAGGCCGAGUCAGUAAAAAGCAAGUAACCAAAGCCCUAGUGUUUAUCAUUUGUAUUUUACAACUUUACUUAUAAUAUGUAACAUAUUACAGUGAAAACUUGGCUUCAUCUUGCAUGUUAUCAGAAUGCUGAACAGUGGCCUAGCAAGACCUAAAACUUGAUGUGUUUUGAAGAAAUCGGAACCAGUGUCCUGACUGUCACCCAGUGCGGUCCCAAAACAGUGUUUUUCUGGGCACCUGUUAUGAAAUGGGGUUUGGUAUGUGCUGGAAUGGCUGAUAUGACCAGACCGGCAGAAAAGCUCAGCACAGCACAGUCUGCAGUACUAAUGGCCACAGGCCUUAUUUGGUCAAGGUACUCUCUAGUUAUUAUUCCUAAAAACUGGAGUCUGUUUGCUGUGAACUUUUUUGUUGGCUGUGCUGGUGGCUCUCAACUCUUCCGAAUAUGGAGGUAUAACCAGGAGCUAAAAGCAAAACAACAAGAGCAGCUGCAGCAAAGAGAUGCUUAACCCAACAGGUCAAAUCCAACAACGCACAAACCCUUCCCCUUCCAAGUGGGACCUUGCUUCACUAAUUUUAAUUUUUUUUCUCUGAGAAAAUGAAAGAGGAAAUCUAAAUGUCUAGAGAACAAGUGUUUUCUAAGUGCAAAUAACAAAGUAUCACCAUACAUCUAAAUGUAAAAGCAACCUUUUAAAUCGAAGUAAAAUUGUGUGUCUUA